UUGUGCAAUGAUUACAUCCAGUAUUUAAUCACCUUCCUUUUGCAGAACGGUUUCGAGGAGUGGUUACUGCUGAUAUGAUUCAAAGCCAGCACAACACUGGACUCAAGAAGAAAAUGAUAGAGGAGUUUGAUGAGGACACUGGCCUGCAGUACAAGAAAUUCAUGGCCUUUCCAUGGAUCCUUACAGUUACAUGGCCUCUGGAUAUGGAUUGUGGGGUUUACCCACUCACCAUGCCAGGGCCCUACUGGAAGAAGUUCAGGUGCAACUUCUGUGAGUUCAUCGUGGUGCUGAUUCAACAGAGUCAGAACAGUUUCAGCUAUGACAGCUACCUGAUGGACAUGGUCAUCUCACUGCUCACCGAGCUGUCAGACUCCAGGAUCAGAGCAUUCAGGCACACCUGUACUUUGUCAGCUCUGAAACUCUUGACCGCCUUGGUGAGUGUAGCUGUGAACCUUGGUGUUAAUAAAGGCAACACUCAAAGACUGUACGAAGAGGAGAGAAACAAGAUGACUUCUAAGAGAGCAUGUCACAGGCAGGAACAACUUGAGAAGAAAAUAAGAGGUAAAGGAUGGGAUAGAGACAGAAUUACCUGUAUACAUCUUCUAAGAGAGCAUGUCACAGGCAGGAACAACUUGAGAAGAAAAUAAGAGGUAAAGGAUGGGAUAGAGACAGAAUUACCUGUAUACAUCUUCCCUUCCUGGAACACCUUCCUCAGUGCACUUUAGAGAUCAUUAGCUGGUCUGCUGUCGCAAAAUUGAGGUAAACUAAAACUUUCUGGUUGAUGGUGGCUAAUUUAUUACAUUAUCCACAGCAUGCAGUAUUUUUCCUAUCUAUAACUAUAUGUAUUUACUUUUAUAAUGUAUCAAUACACUAUAAAGUAUGAAUAUAAUCCUCAAUCUUUCUUAUUCCACACUUGAUCUUUCUUUGGUUUUUAUCAGAACGCAUAACUUGCCUGGUAGUCAAGUUUGUUUACAGUUAGUUUCUGCUGCUUUUCAUUUCUACCUCCUGGGAACACUUUCGCUGCUUGUUUUCUCUGAUGCCAUCACAUUAUUUUCUUUUUAUUGUAAUCCAGACUUCAACAGGGAAAGUAGUUAAUCUCAUGGUGAAGGAUCUCAACGUGGCUUCUGAUCAUCUCAGUCAUUAGGUUGGUAGGGUAACAAGCAGGAAAUACAUUAUCUCAGUAUCUGAGGGCAGGCUGGAAAUUUGACUUUUUUCUGGGAAAUAUUUCCAGAGUAAACUUGUUUGUUCUACUGUUGUUUGUACACAUUGGUGGCACUGUUUAAUUAACCUAGGAAGAAUAGGUGGCACAAGUAGUGAACAGGUUCCCAGGAGAAAUUGAAAUUGCUGUCUGCCCAUUGCUUACAGAUAGUAUGCUUUAACAUCACAAAUCUAUGUUUGCUGUGAAUGUAUUUUUUUAUGUAGGAAAAGAGUGAAAUAAUUUUUUUAUUUGUUAAUUUUAAAACAGUAAUUCAUUAUUAACUUGUGUUUAGCUGCAAGACAAACAGCAUGAAAUAGAAAAUAUGAUGAAUGUUAUCUUCAAAGGCGUGUUUCUGAUGAGAUACUAGUAAGAUAGUGUUUUAGUAUUAUUUUUGUUACCAAAUAGAAAUCAAAAGGACAGCUGAAAGCAAUAACAAGGUUUUAUGAAGAAAGACACACUAAAUCAAAUGGUCAUCUUACAUUGAGUGUAAUUACUGGC